AUGAAGCUCUUGAACAUCUUUGCAUUCAUCAUUACUUCAGUUGAAGCAUCUGAGGGAGGUCAUCAUGGCCGUCCCUUCCAACCAUCUCGACCUUCCCUACGCCCCCCUCCAACUUUUCCAAGACCUCAUCCCAAAAACACAUCAAUUCCUGGACCAAUAGUCGAUCUCGGUUACGAGCGUCAUCAAGCCAUCUUCAAUUCCACCGGCCACUAUAAUAACUUCAGCAAUAUUCCCUACGCUAUUCCACCUCUCCAAGAUCUUCGGUUUUCAAAACCUCUUCCUAUAAAUAGUACUUCUUCGCAUAUUAAUGAUGGUUCCAUCGGACAUAUAUGUCCACAAGCUCGUCCAGAUUGGACAGAGGAUGCUGGUCUACUAGUUGCGUUGUAUACUUUGGGACUUAUUAAUAAUAUAGAUCCAAGUCACUUGAAACCAAAUCCAUUUGAAGACGUUCCUAAUGGUUGGGAAAGCGAGGAUUGUUUGUUGUUGGAUGUGGUUGUACCAGAGGGAGUAGCUGAAGCGGUGGAGGAAGAUGAUGAUUUUGUUCCUUUACCAGUAAUGGUUUGGAUACACGGAGGGGGUUUUACGUUCGGACAUAAGAAUCAAGAUGGUAGUCCAUAUGGUUUUCUCAAUGCUUCUACCUUCACAUCAGAAAGCGUAGCUAUCCACGAUAGCAUCAUUUUUGUAACCCUAAACUACCGUCUCGGCGCCUUCGGUUUCCUCUCCACCCCUGACAACUCGACCGACCCUCACCCAACCCCAAACGCUGGUCUCUACGACCAAGCUCUCGCCUUAAACUGGGUUUCCCAACACAUAUCCAAAUUUGGGGGUGACCCCGACCGUGUGACCGUCAUCGGAGAAUCUGCCGGCGCAUCAUCUAUCCUGCACCACAUUACAUCUUAUGGCGGCUCGUCGUCCUCAUUAAACCCAGAUUCCUUACCACGUGCACCUUUUCAACGAGCUAUUCUACAAUCCCCAGCCUUUUUUCCCGCAGCCGAUGCUGAUACCGAGCUCGAGGCUUUUGACGACUUUUUAUUCGUAGCUAGAGCAGAUACUUUUGAAGAAUUGAAGAACAAGCCUGAGGAAGUAUUGAUUUCUGCCAAUAAGCUUUUGGUUUCGAAAUCGCCAUAUGCACAAUUUACUUUCGGACCUACUCUAGACACUAUUUUUAUCCCAAAGCCUGUUUCCGUUCUAUUGAGAGAUGGAGAUUUCUGGGAUGACAUUGAUGGGAUAAUGGUUGCUCAUAAUUCACUUGAGGGACUGUUAUUUACAGACAUCAAAGCUGUGGAAAAUGAUGAUACAUUUGCGACAUUCAUACGGAAUAGUUUACCAGGAUUAAAAGAUGAAGAUUUAGAGUACAUUGUUAAGGAUCUGUAUCCUUUGGACGACGAAAAUGCAGGAGUUCUGGAUAAAUUGCUCAGGGGUGCAAAUGCAACAGCGGAACUGAGCACGAUUUGUAAUGCGGUGUAUUUGCUUGAUGCUUUUGGAGCUGAGGGGAGUUAUAAGUAUGUUUUUGGAGUAGAACCGGGUGUUCAUGGACAGGAUGUUGGGUUUUCGUUCUAUCAAAAACCGCCUUCUGAUCCAGCAGAUAUAUACAACACGGGAAAGGUCCUUCCAUCUACCGAAAUCGUUGCACAAACACUUCAGGCCUAUAUUGUUGGGUUUGUGAAAGAAGGAGAUCCGAAUCGCGGGUUGAUUGGACCAGAGUUUCCAGUUUAUAAAGAUGGGAUUGUAAUUCUUGGAUCGAAAGAAAAUGGAAGUAUGAUUGUACCGGAAGGAGAAGUGAGAGUAGAAGAGGAUUUGUGGGUUGAUGUAGGGACGAGAGAGAGGUGUAAGUGGUGGGGUGAAGCGAGAUAUUGGGAUGGAUAUGAAGGAGGUGAUGACAACGAUGGGAAUGAUGGAAGUGAUGGAGACAAGAAUGGAGACGACGGAAACGAAGAUGAUGGGAAUGAGAACGAGGACGAUGAUACGCAAUCCAGCCUCAAAGUCCACACAUCUCACAAAACAAUCCCACGCCCAUUAAAAAACUGGAGAAACAAUCCUUCUUCAUCUCAGCUCCAAAACGCCGACUCCAUCACACCCACAUUCUCAGACAUCUUCAAAACCAGGAACGAUGGUAAGAAAGUGGAAUGGCACGCGGAGUGGAAGUCUGAUUGGAUGGGCAAUAGUGAAAAGGCUUUCGCGAAUACUGAGGGAAGUGAUAUCAAAGGAAAGGAAAGUGAGAUUGAAGAGAAAGAAGAGUUGAGAUGA